GUCUUCUAACUCUGUACAGUACGUUUGUCCUCGUGUGUUGUCGACGCGGCGUUGACGUAAUCAUCAAGCGACUGUCGAGUGCGUAUCGUCCGGCGGUAUAAGCUCAUAGACACCAGAACAUGGUGACGCGAGAAUUACCCGAGGAAAUUAGCUUGUGGGUGUCAAGAUGGUCUGAUGGACCGGUGCUUCUUCCUGACUUUUUUCAUCUGCUCCGCGUCGUGGAUCUUUUUCUGGGAAGUGAACUGGAAAAAAGGCGAAGAAGGCCAGAUUGAGGAAUGGCUACAAAGACAUUGUCUCUCUCAUUACAGGCACUUGUUUGAAGAUGUACAGACGUUGGAGGAGCUGAGUUUGAGUGUACUGAGUCGCCUAGAAGAGGCGGUGAAGGAACCGCAUAGCUGGAGGGUGAUUGCCGAGGCUCAUAUCCGGCUUCUCCGAGACUUUGCCUUCCAGGAGUGGCUCUGUUCCCAGAACCUGGAACACUUUUAUCAUACGCUGAAGACUUUGGGUUACAUGAAUUUGGAUGAUCUGUCACAGUUCGACAGCCAGCUUCAUCUCACCUUAGCCGCUUGGGGAUACUACUACGAAGAUUACAUCAAGCUGUCUACUGGCAUCAAGAUCCUCCAGACCUCCAGGAGGAGUCGUGACCAGGAUUACGAGAUCCAGCUUGUGCAUAGUCUUGCUGAGAGACGUCUGAAUGAGAAGUGGUCUAUCGUGGGAGCGCUCCUAUUUGGCUGUACUGUGGCUCUGUGCUUCUUGAUAAGGGACCUCAUGUUUUACGUGAUUGGUGGAAUUACUGUUUCCAUCAUUGCAUUUGUCUUCACCAUCAAGUUCCUGUGUGAGCUUGCAGCCAGAGUCGUUAGCUUCCUGCAAAACGAGGACCCGGGUCGACGCGGAGACCGCAGCAUCUAUGACUAUGUGCGGGGCAACUACCUGGAUCCACGCUCCUGCAAGGUGUCCUGGGAUUGGAAGGAGCCACAAGAAGUGGGGCAGACGAUGAGCUUCAGAGUCCAAGUAAAGAGCAAACUGUACUACAAGAACGGCCAGCCUUUCCCGGCCCAUAGGCCAGUGGGGUUGAGGGUUAACAUCACGCACAUUGAACUGGCUCUGGACAUACCAAUUACACAAGAGGUCUUACAAGAAUCAGAUGCCAACGUGGUAAAAGUAGCUUUCACCGUGCGCAAGGCCGGCCGCUAUGAGGUGGCUGUCAAGCUUGGUGGCCUCAAUGUUGCCUACAGCCCGUACUAUAAAAUCUUCCAGCCAGGCACGGUUGUCCCAUCUAAGACCAAGAUAGCCUACCAUUUCUCUACGCUGGUGCUAACACAUAGCCAGCAGCACACUCUGCAAAUUGAGCCCAGGGAUGAAUAUGGAAACCCUACAAGUAACUCUAUAUCGUUGACAGAUGAGGCCAACUACAGCGUCCAUUUGCAGUCUCUGGGCACAGUGGAUGAUGACAGUAUGGAGGGCCAUUAUAGUAAGACGGUGACCCUAAACAAGCAGCAAUGUCAGGUUCUGAUGAAACUGACCUUGUGGAAGACUGGCUGUUUCAGAGCCCGCAUCUCCUAUCUGGAUCAGCCACUCAGCAAUGGAGAGUUUGACAUUAUUGUUCUUAACGAGAAUGAGAAGGCCUACGUGGAGAAGAAUGUGUCCACGCCAGGCAUCAGCAUCUAUUUCGAGGCAUACCUCUACAGCAGCGGCAACUAUAGCAGCAGCUUGUCCCGACCACCAGCCUCCUCUCUGCUGGCUCCCCAUAGGAGGCCGUCCAUGGCAGACGAGGAGGACGAGCAUGACUCUCCUGUGGAGGGGCAAUCUGAAAAGGUCAAGAAACCAAAAAAGGUCUAUUGUUACAUAUCACCAAAGCAAUUAUCUGUGAAGGAGUUCUACCUGAAAAUUAUUCCGUGGCGCCUUUUCACCUUUCGAGUAUGUCCUGGAACAAAGUUUAGCUAUCACGGUCCAGACCCUCUUCACAAGUACCUGACUCUAAUGGUAGAUGAUGGGAUCCAGCCCCCGGUGGAGCUUGUCUGCAAAGAGAGAAACAUCAUGGCCGCCACCUUCAUACGUUUUCUACACAAAAACAUAGGCGGCUCCGAGACAUUCCAGGACAAGGUAAACUUCUUUCAACGUGAGCUCAGGCACAUCCACUCCAAGAGACCUCGCACCAAGACCUGCAUAAAAAUCACCCGACACUCAAUUCUUGAUUCAUCCCUCAAGGCAACACGGAACUUCUCUGUGUCAGAUUGGAGUAAGAACUUUGAGGUGGUCUUUCAGGAUGAGGAAGCUCUCGACUGGGGAGGUCCUCGCAGAGAAUGGUUUGAGCUGAUAUGCAAGACACUCUUUGACACCUGCAACCACUUAUUCACUCGCUUCAGCGACAGCAACCAGGGCCUGGUGCACCCAAAUGCUGAGCGACCGCAACACCUGCGAUUGAAGGUGUACGAGUUUGCGGGGCGCGUUGUGGGGAAGUGCCUCUACGAGUCUGCGUUGGGCGGGGCCUACAAGCAGCUAGUCCGAGCUCGUUUCACACGCUCUUUCUUGGCCCAAAUCAUUGGCCUAAGGAUGAAUUACAAGUACUUUGAGACGGAUGACCAGGAGUUUUACAAGACCAAAGUGUGCUUCAUCCUAAACAAUGAUGUGAGUGAAAUGGACCUUGUGUUUGCUGAGGAGAAGUACAGCAAGUCAGGACAGCUGGAAAAGGUGGUGGAGUUGAUCUCAGGGGGAGCCCACAUUGCUGUUUCCAAUGAAAACAAAAUGCAUUACCUCAACCUGCUGGCCCAGUACAGGCUGGCCAGCCAGGUGAGAGAUGAGGUGGAACACUUCCUGAAAGGUUUGAACGAACUGGUUCCAGAAAAUCUUCUAGCCAUAUUUGAUGAAAACGAGUUGGAGCUGCUGAUGUGUGGCACAGGUGAUAUAAAUGUCCAGGACUUCAGGACCUACGCUGUGAUAGUCGGAGGAUCGUGGCAUUUUAGAGAGAAGGUGAUGAAGUGGUUUUGGGCGGUGGUGUCCAGCUUCACCCAAGAGGAGUUGGCUCGCCUCCUGCAGUUUACCACCGGCUCUUCCCAGCUGCCUCCUGGAGGAUUUAACACCCUUUGCCCCUCUUUUCAGAUAAUUGCAGCCCCCACACACAGCACCUUACCCACUGCACAUACCUGUCGUCUCUGGCUUUCAAACUGGAUACAAGAUGUCUCAUUCUGCACCACGCUCAGCAUUUGAGCGAUUUAUUCGACAGUGAAAUUACAAACAGAUUUCAACCAGUUGUGCCUCCCCACGUACGACUCGUAUGAAGAGCUGCACAAGAUGCUGAAAUUGGCCAUCAGCGAGGGAAGCGAAGGCUUCGGCAUGCUCUGACGGCUGCUGCCGUUCACCACCAUUAGGAGAAGCCAGCCAAACUCAAACCAGUGACCUUCCUCAAUGCUUCUAAAAACCCUGGUGGAGUAUCUCCCACACUCCUGCUAAACUCUUGCUAGGAUGAGAAGGUGUCACACGAGCCCCGGAUGACUGUGCUGGAGUCACACAAACUCAUGUAUGUAUAUAAGGUCUGCCCUUUUAAAAAAGAAAGAACCCACAAACUGCAGAAAAAAGGUGACAUUUGGUUCUCUUUUGUUUUUGCUGCAACUUUAGCUGACUUUUAAAGUAUAUAUAUAUAUAUAUAUAUAUAUAUAUAUAUAUAUAUAUAUAUAUAUAUACUUUUUACCGCAGAAAGUGGAGGUUUAUGAUGAUAAAGCAAGGGGCUUCAGUGUUCUUGUACAAACUGAGGAACAUUCAACGGCAGCAGCAACUUCAUGGAUGUGGCUGCUGUUGCAUUUUGGCCUUAAACCAUCAGGGACUGUUGGUGUUUGUAAAUAAACUUUUUAUUACUUGUACAUAAUAAUGUACACCAAGGAGCAUUAGGGCAAAAAUGCAAAAUAUAUUACGAGAAUGAAGUGAGGUUUUCCUCCAGUAACAUUCUGAAUAUACUCUCGUGAUCCAUCCAUUUUCUUCUGCUUGUCCCUUACUGGUUUGCGGGGGUGCUGGAGCUUAUCUCAGCUGCAUUCGGGUAGUAGGCGGGGUACACCCUGGACAAGUCACCCCCUCAUGUGAUAUUAGAAGAAAAAAUUAUUAUGAUUUACAACCUGGCUGUUAUCUACCGCCCCCCAGGGCCCUAUUCGGACUUUAUCAAUGAAUUCUCAGAGUUCGUUGCUGAUCUAGUGACACACGCCGAUAAUAUAAUCAUAAUGGGGGACUUUAAUAUCCAUAUGAAUACCCCAUCGGACCCACCGUGCGUAGCACUCCAGACUGUAAUUGAUAGCUGUGGUCUCACACAAAUAAUAAAUGAACCCACGCAUCGCAACGGUAAUACGAUAGACCUAGUGCUUGUCAGGGGUAUCACCGUUUCCAAAGUUACGAUACUCCCGUAUACUAAAGUAUUGUCCGAUCAUUACCUUAUAAAAUUCGGGGUUCAGACGCAUGUUCGUCAAACUAAUAAUAAUAAUAACUGCUAUAGCAGCCGCAACAUUAAUACAGCCACAACGACAACUCUUGCUGACCUACUGCCCUCGGUAAUGGCACCAUUCCCAAAGUAUGUGGGCUCUAUUGAUAACCUCACUAACAACUUACCGACACCCUGCGCGAAACCAUUGAUAACAUAGCACCGCUAAAGUUAAAAAAGGCUGCAAAAAAUCGCACCCCGUGGUUUACAGAAGAAACUAGAGCUCAGAAAUGAUUAUGUAGAAAGCUGGAACGCAAAUGGCGCACGACUAAACUUGAGGUGCACCAUCAAGCAUGGAGUGAUGGUUUAAUAACUUAUAAACGCAUGCUUACCUUAGCUAAAGCUAAAUAUUACUCAAAUCUCAUCCACCGUAAUAAAAACGAUCCUAAAUUUUUGUUUAGUACGGUAGCAUCGCUAACCCAACAAGGGACCCCCUCCAGUAGCUCAACCCACUCAGCUGAUGAUUUUAUGCAAUUCUUUAGUAAGAAAAUUUAAGUCAUUAGAAAGGAGAUUAAAGACAAUACGUCCCAGCUACAACGGGGUUCUAUUAACACUGAUACGAUGGUAUAUACGGCGGAUACUGCCCUCCAAAAUAGUUUCUCUCGUUUUGAGGAAAUAACAUUAGAGGAAUUGUUACAACGUUUAAAUGGAAUAAAACAGACAACAUGUUUACUUGACCCUGUUUACUUGACCCUCUUCCUGGGAAACUGAUCAAGGAGCUCUUUGUAUUAUUAGGUCCAUCAGUGCUAAAUAUUAUAAACUUAUCACUCUCCUCGGGCACUGUUCCCCUAGCAUUCAAAAAAGCGGUUAUUCAUCCUCUUCUUAAAAGACCUAACCUCGAUCCUGACCUCAUGGUAAACUACCGACCGGUGUCUCACCUUCCCUUUAUUUCAAAAAUCCUUGAAAAAAUUGUUGCGGAGCAGUUAAAUGAACACUUAGCGUCUAACAAUCUAUGUGAAACCUUUCAAUCCGGUUUCAGGGCAAAUCACUCCACGGAGACAGCCCUCGCAAAAAUGACUAAUGAUCUAUUGCUAACGAUGGAUUCUGAUGCGUCAUCUAUGUUGCUGCUCCUCGAUCUUAGCGCUGCUUUCGAUACCGUCGAUCAUAAUAUUUUAUUAGAACGUAUCAAAACACGAAUUGGUAUGUCAGACUUAGCCCUGUCUUGGUUAACUCUUAUCUUUCUGAUAGGAUGCAGUGUGUCUCCCAUAACAAUGUGACCUCGGACUACGUUAAGGUAACGUGUGGAGUUCCCCAGGGUUCGGUCCUUGGCCCUGCACUCUUCAGCAUCUACAUGCUGCCACUAGGUGACAUCAUACGCAAAUACGGUAUUAGCUUUCACUGUUAUGCUGAUGACACCCAACUCUACAUGCCCCUAAAGCUGACCAACACGCCGGAUUGUAGUCAGCUGGAGGCGUGUCUUAAUGAAAUUAAACAAUGGAUGUCCGCUAACUUUUUGCAACUCAACGCCAAAAAAACGGAAAUGCUGAUUAUCGGUCCUGCUAGACACCGAACUCUAUUUAAUAAUACAACUCUAACGUUUGACAACCAAAUAAUUAAACAAGGCGACACGGUAAAGAAUCUGGGUAUUAUCUUCGACCCAACUCUCUCCUUUGAGUCACACAUUAAAAGCGUUACUAAAACGGCCUUCUUUCAUCUCCGUAAUAUCGCUAAAAUUCGCUCCAUUCUGUCCACUAAAGACGCUGAGAUCAUUAUCCAUGCGUUUGUUACGUCUCGUCUCGACUACUGUAACGUAUUAUUUUCGGGUCUCCCCAUGUCUAGCAUUAAAAGAUUACAGUUGGUACAAAAUGCGGCUGCUAGACUUUUGACAAGAACAAGAAAGUUUGAUCACAUUACGCCUGUACUGGCUCACCUGCACUGGCUUCCUGUGCACUUAAGAUGUGACUUUAAGGUUUUACUACUUACGUAUAAAAUACUACACGGUCUAGCUCCAUCCUAUCUUGCCGAUUGUAUUGCACCAUAUGUCCCGGCAAGAAAUCUGCGUUCAAAGGACUCCGGCUUAUUAGUGAUUCCCAAAGCCCAAAAAAAGUCUGCGGGCUAUAGAGCGUUUUCCGUUCGGGCUCCAGUACUCUGGAAUGCCCUCCCGGUAACAGUUCGAGAUGCCACCUCAGUAGAAGCAUUUAAGUCUCACCUUAAAACUCAUUUGUAUACUCUAGCCUUUAAGUAGACUCCCUUUUUAGACCAGUUGAUCUGCCGUUUCUUUUCUUUUUCUUCUAUGUCCCACUCUCCCUUGUGGAGGGGGUCCGGUCCGAUCCGGUGGCCAUGUACUGCUUGCCUGUGAAUCGGCUGGGGACAUCUCUGCGCUGCUGACCCGCCUCCGCUUGUGAUUGUUUCCUGCUGGCUCCGCUGUGAACAGGAGUCUCGCUGCUGUGUUGGAUCCGCUUUGGACUGGACUCUCGCGACUGUGUUGGAUCCAUUGUGGAUUGAACUCUCACUGUAUCAUGUUAGACCCGCUCGACAUCCAUUGCUUUCCUCCUCUCCAAGGUUCUCAUAGUCAUCAUUGUCACCGACGUCCCACUGGGUCAUUAUUGUCACCGAUGUCCCACUGGGUGUGAGUUUUCCUUGCCCUUAUGUGGGCCUACCGAGGAUGUCGUAGUGGUUUGUGCAGCCCUUUGAGACACUAGUGAUUUAGGGCUACAUUGAUUGAUUGAUUGAAUAAAUAAAGUCUUUAUGUCUUGAGAAUAAUAUCCAAAUAUUGACAGAUUAAAGUAAGAUUUUUUACCCGAGGUCAAUGUCUAUUGAGUACUACAAUAAACCUGAAAUCAGUAAUAUCGUGUUAAUUUUACAAAAAAAUUUAAAAAGUUAUCUUGUAAUGAAGAUAAUAUUUAAAUGUCAAAAUAUUGCAAAAAUGAAGCGUUUAAAAGAAUUAUCGUAAAACCGCAGCUUUUUUUAAAUUUUUAAUAUCUGAAAAAUAGAGCAGAUAUAUAAUAUAGUAAUGAUAUUGAAAUAGAAAAUAUAAUAAAAUAAGGGACAUUUUAGUUAGUUGUACUUAAAGUUGUUAGAAGCCAAUUUAAUAGUUUAUUAUGCUCAACAUUGUUCUUGGAAUAUUUAGAUGGGGAGAAGCGUUCAAUAAUGUUAACUAUUACAACAAGUCAAACUUAUGACAAAAAACUUCUAAAGGUUCUCUUAAAAUUGCUUUUUUAAUCUCCCUCUUAUACUGUAAUACAGCAUUUAAUUCUCUUAAAACCUAAUAUAUACUUUUGAUUGGUCACUCCAGUUACACUUUCGGAUCCGCUUUUUUGGAACAUUACAUUUUAUUUUUAAAAGUUAUUUUAAGCCUUAGCAUAUAUAUAUAUACUUUUUAAUCAACAUGUUAUGUCUGUAAUAUUACAACAUUUAAUAUUUUAUUCUUAUAACAUUAAAUGUUUAAUAAUUGUGACAUCAUGAUUUUUCUUGGAAUUUUACAUAUUUAGAAGGUUAACAAUCCUUUUCUCUAAAUUUCUCAUCAUUGCUGCCCUAAUCCUCUUUAGUGCUUGAGGUUUUCAUUUUGCUGAGAAGCGAUAAAAUGACUUUAAGUGUGUAUUUCGUAGACGUGUUUUGGUUUUAACUUAUUGUGUCUUGAAGUAUUUAUGUUUAGUUGUUGUUGUUGUGUAACAUUUUUUUAAGCUUGCCUUACUCAUGCUGAGCCUCUGGUUGUAUCCAAAGGGGCGCGUGUUUGAGCGGAGUCUACAGCAGCUAAAUUCCAGAACAUUUGUCGUUAGCACACGCAAGGCUAACACAGGAAAAGAACGACUUGUUCCACAAAGUAGGUUUACCUCAGAAUAUUCUAGGGUACCUAUGCAUCUUGUGACACAGAUGUAGAGAGGGUCUGAGAAAACACGCACAUUUAAGUUCCUAGUUGCCUCCUCAGUACAGUAGUCAUGCUUUUGUUGCACUGAAGCAUGUUGUUCAUACAAAACCAUUGUCUCCUAUUUAUUUGGAUUAUAUUCUCAGCCAGAAUUAUUGUUCUUUUGCUCUAAUUACGUAACCAUUCUGUUGUUGAGUUUAAAUGUUCCAAAUUCUGUUUGUCAAGUAAAUUAUGAGGAUGCUUCCAAAUGCACUCAAGGCUCACUGAAUGUACUUCAAAUUCAGCGGCGUAGCAAGCAGGGGAUUUAACUCUGGAACUGUUAACAGAGCAUGCUGGCCUGUUUUAAGUUUGCAAUGUCUGUUGAUUAGAAACAAGUUUGAAGUGCUUAAAAUUUAACUCAUGCACUAUUGAGUUGUGCUGGCAGCACAUAUUUAUUAACUUUAGUAAGUUAGAUAAACUCGUAGAGCAACCCAGUUAUAUAGAAAUAACAGCAAACAUGAAAGAGAUUUGCAUUGUAGUUUGCCUUAAUCUUAGUGAUUUCCCUUUCUCUAACAUAAUUUAUAGAUUAGAAGGCCUGAGUGACUGUUAGCUAAAAUUUUGAUUUUGGGAUAGAAUUGGCUCUGACAUUUAAAUUGUUUUUUUUUAAUAUAUUUUUUUUAUUAUUGUUUUUAAUGACAAACCUAUGAAUGCCUAAGAUCUGCCACGCAGUCACUUUGUUAAUGGAAAUAAAAUAAAAACUGAUGGACUUAAUUCUUUCAAAAUAUAA